CUCCAACCGUCUCGUCUCGUCCCCGUCUCUCUCUGUUCGUCAGGAUGGACAAUGAGGAUACUAUGAACCUAGAAGACACUAAAUACAUGAGUGGGGAUGAGAUGGUGGAUCAAAACUCAGAUGAAGAUGAAGCAGUAGCAGUGGAGGAUACUCUCAUGAGAACAGCUGAAAUCUGCAGAAAAAGAGGAGGUAAACGCAGACACUCCAGAUGUUGGAAGCACUUUAAUAUAAUAGGAGAGAAUUAUCCAGAUGGUUCGAAUGACAUCCAGUUCAAAUUCUGCAAUCACACCUACAACUUCAACCUGCGUAGGAGUGGAACCUCAGAUCUUUUGCGUCAUAUGAAGGUCUGUAGUUUGAAUCCUGUCUCUAGUACACCUGGAACUGGUAGGAUGAUAGAUCAGCUUGUGUUUCGUGAGAUGAUUGCAGUAGCCUUGAUUGAGCAUAACCUGCCAUACUCAUUUGUUGAGUAUAGAAGAGUAAGGGAAGCAUUGUCAUAUGCGAAUCCUACUAUAGAGUUCUGGUGCAGGAAUACAACUGCUAGCGACUGUUUGAAGGUAUAUGAGAGGGAGAAGCUGAAACUAAGACAGAAGUUGAAAGAAAUUUCAGGAAGGAUCUGCUUAACAACUGACCUGUGGAGAGCUCUUACAGUUGAAGGGUAUUUGUGUCUGAUGGCUCACUUCAUAGAUAAAGAUUGGAGUCUGAAGUCAAGGAUUCUCGAGUUCUGUGCAUUUCCUCCUCCUCAUACUGGUGUUGCCAUAGAGAUGAAGAUAAUAAAGUUGCUGAAAGAGUGGGACCUAGAGAAGAGAGUCUUCACAGUCACUGUCGACAAUGCUUCAGCAAACGACAAUAUGCAGUCCAUUCUCAAGAAGCAGCUUCGGAGAGGAUUGGUGUGCAAUGGAGAAUUCUUCCACGUAAGGUGUGUUGUUCAUAUCUUGAACUUGAUAGUUUAAGAUGGACUGAGUGUGAUUGAUGGAGCGUUGGAGAAGAUAAGAGAUAGUGUCAAGUUUGUGAAGGUGACAAAAACUAGAGAGAAACUCUUUGAUAGCUGUGUGCAAACAGUGGGUAUUGAACCAAACAGAGGUGUGUUACCAGGGUUGGUUAUGGAUGUAGCAACGAGAUGGAACUCAACCCAUUUUAUGCUAGAGAGAGCCAUCAUUUAUAGAGAAGCCUUUCGCCAUCUUGCUGAAGUUGAUGCAGCUUAUAAGUUCAGUCCAAGUGAAUUGGAGUGGGAGAGGGAAGGCUUGAUUUCCGAAUUCUUGGCUCCAUUGCUGAGAUGACCAAUCUGGUUUCUUGUUCUUCUUAUCCAACAGCUAACCUAUAUUUUAUGCAAGUGUGGAAGAUUGAGAACUGGUUGAGAUCGAAUGAGUUCAGUGAGGAUGAAGUAAUUUUUGAGAUGGUGGCUUCAAUGAAGCUGAAGUUCGAUAAGUAUUGGGAGAAUUAUAGCGACAUCUUAGCCAUUGCUGCCGUGCUUGAUCCAAGACUGAAGUUCAAAUUUCUGGAGUUUUGUUUCACAACUUUAGAUGCAGCCACAAGUAAGACGAAAAUGGAUCAUAUUAGGAAGAAGAUGAAGAAGUUGUUUGAUGUUUACAAGAAGAACACAAAGAAAAACGUGGCUGGAACUUCAAGAUCAAACCAUGCAGCAAAGAAGACGUACUUUACCAGGAUAUGAUGCGUUUUAUGCAUUCUUCUCACAUAGUGCUGAUUGUAGUGGAAAAUCUGCAUUAGAUAAGUAUCUUGAUGAACCCGUUUUAGACAUGGUGGCGAAUCUUGAUUUGGAUGUUCUCUCCUAUUGGAGAAACAAUGCAAUAAGGUUUAAGGAGCUCUCAUCCAUGGCGUGUGAUGUUCUGAGCAUACCCAUCACCACAGUUGCUUCAGAAUCUUCCUUCAGCAUUGGAAGCCGAGUGUUGAACAAGUAUAGAAGCUCCCUUCUCCCUUCAAAUGUUCGAGCACUGAUGUGUGCAAGAAAUUGGCUAAGGGGAUUUGAGUCUUUAGACAUUAAGUUAUUUUCAUCUUUAUCUUUGAAUUUGGUUAUCUUUGUACUCGAAAUUGAUAAUCGAAUUUGCUUAGGUGAUGGAGUGGAUUUUGAACCUUUGGAGGAAGUUGGAGAAGAAGUUAAGGAAACUGGUCAAGUCUGAGUUCGUGUCACAUGAA